CCGCUGGUACGCAGCUCCCUUGGAACUGGCUCGUCUACUUCGCGUUCAUUGAAGCAGUACAGCAUGGUGUGCCAAUAGUUUUUACUUUUUCUUUAGUUUAGUUGGUAGACGGUCCUGUUAGGUCGGCUUAAAGCACCAGGUGAGCUCCGGAAGAUCGGCUGAACUGAAGGGAGACAUGGAAGAGACGGGCGGUGCAACUGCAUAUGGAGUUACGCUCGCAGGAGGAGGCUUCGACUUCCACAAGUUUGUCCGACAGCCGCAAACCAUCGUGCGGAUACUCAGCUGGUUAUUUGCCCUGGUGGUGUUUGCCUGCAUCACAACAGAGGGAUACAUCAACCCUGCCCAUAGUCCAGAGGCAAAGUGCAUCUUCAACCAGAAUGACUCGGCGUGUCACUAUGCUGUCGGCAUCGGGGUGAUUUCCUUCCUGGCUUGUGUAGCCUUCCUGGUGUUGGAUGUUUACGUGCCUUUUAUGAGCAAUGCACAGGAAAGGAAGCAUGCUGUCCUGGUAGACCUGGUGUUCUCAGGGGUGUGGACCUUCCUGUGGUUUGUGUGCUUUUGCUUUUUGACCAGUCAGUGGGGUCUCACUCAUGAUGAAAGCAGUAUCCCUCAUGAUGCUGCACGUGCCGCUGUGGCCUUCUCAUUCUUCUCCAUCGCUACCUGGGGAAUCCUAGCCUACUUUGCCCUGGGUCGUUUCCGCCGUGGUGUUAAUGAGGUUACCAUCCCAACCUACACAGAGCCGCCAUCGGAUCUUCACACCCCCUACCCCCCGACGUACGCCCCUUCUUCCUACAACCCUACUACCUACACCCCUACCACGUACACCACCUAUCCCAGCAAUGUGCCCGACAUGCACCAGCAGCCUCCCUUCACCACGAACCCGCAAGCGUAAGGCGACGUUGGCUUCCAGCCGCCCAACUACCGAGACAACAGACAAGGUGGUGUUCCGGGUCAUCUUUAGGUAGACUGGUUGUAGUUGCACGGCAGAGUCACAGAGCUGGAUCACAUUAAUGUGGUUUAACAUUUGAUUUAACACACCUUUCCACGUGCUGCCAGAUCUGUGAAGCUGAACGGUGCAACUACAACCUAGAAACGAGGGACACUGUUUUUUACAUCAGAGGGUCUGUGGUCAAAUCAUCAGACAUCAGGCUGACUGCUGAGAUUAGUGCCGAUGAUUGAGUUGUCUGACCUUAGUCCUGUGUGCAGAGACACAACAUUUACCUCAAAUGGGCUGAUCCUGAAGGUUAGAGGGAGAUAGAAUGAACCCAGGAGGUCAAAGGUCACAUAAUGUGACUUCAUCAUGCUCCAGCCAGAGUGGAAGAGGCCAGCACUAAAUGUGUUUCUCUGUUGGAACUUGACAGUGUGUAUUUGUAUAUAGAUGCCACUAUACAAAGCUGCCAUUUUACUGGUUCUGUGUGCCUGGUUUUCUUUAUUUGGUUUAGUGGACUUUUUUCUCCUUCAUGGCAGUUAUCUUGAGGACCUGUAACAGUUUAGGGUGCUGUUAAAUUAAUUUAACAAAUGUUUUUGUUGGAGUAGAGUACAGUGGGAAAAGACCACUAUAAAAUGAAAUGUGACUGAGUUGUAACUGGUGAAAUGUGGGCUCUGUAGAGAUCAUGUAGUUAGGUUUAUUAGCUAUAUAACCGUCAAGUCACCUUUGAAAGGGUUUAUAGGUUUGCCACCUCAUCGACCAGUGUUUUUAAGACCACUUCAAUAAAAUGUUGUCAUUGAUAAGACAUGCGCCAAACUCCAGAGGUGUUUACUGGGUGUUCAUAGGCAGUGCGUGUUGAUAGUUGCCCCUUUAGACCUGUAGCUA